AUGAUAAUAAUAAUAAUCCAAACAACAACAACAACAACCAGCAUAACUUUCUCUCGCCAUUUCCUCAUCCACUUUAAGAACUAGAGUCAUUUUUAGAGAUAGGAUCCUAGUUUUAAUUAAACUAAUUUCUAAACUUCUAUUCCUUUGGAGAUUAGCGAGGAAGAUCAUUUUUACCGAUAAGUGGCUUUCCUUCGAGGCCCUCUAAUUAGGAUGAUGAAAUUAUGUUUUACUUUUAAAAUCAAAAUAGACGAGAACCCUCAUCUCCAAGGUUAAAAUUUUAAUAAAUUCAGAUAAAAGAACUCCAACCUCGAUAAAUAUAUGUAAAAGCGAACGAUUCCAAUUCAGAAUGAGGAAUUAAACAAAAAUGAACCCUACAUAAAAGUUACUGUGUUGAGAAAUAUAAACUACCCAAAUACAAAUCAUUCAAAUGAAUACUUCAUAAAUUAACAUGGUCUCAUAGGCUCUCAUAAGAUUGCUGACUCUGAGGACAUCCUUAUAGGAAGAUCUCAUCGAACAGAUGUCUAUCCAAAUGAUAUAACCCUUCCAGAAGAUAGAAUAAUCUCAAGAAUUCAUUGUAAAUUAGUCUGCAAACACUACUUCAGAAAAGAACAAAAAAUUAAACUCAUCUACAAAUUAGCAAUUUAAAGCAUACGAACUUCAUCCAAUUCCUCAUUGCCUAAAAGAGCCUUAUCGAUUAUUUCUUAAUUUUUGGAAUGUCCAAGACAUGCCUACGUUUAAGAUUUAGGUAGUUUGUGUGGAACUCUUUUUAAAAUUUAAAAACAUGAACCCAAUAUUAUGAAAUAUGAUUAAAAGUAUAGUAUUGGCAGUGAUACAAAUUUUAAUGUCCAACAUUGUGAAUCUUAUAACGAGAAAGGAAUUGAAAUAGAUGAUAAUUUCUAUAGGUUGUUAAGAAAAUUCAAUCGUCCAAAGGUAGGCAAACAUGAAAUUCAUUUUAAUGAUUAAUCAAUAUUCCAAAAGUUUUAGAGGAUAAAUCCAUAAGAUGAUGAUAGCGAAGAUACAAAAACUAGACCUGAAGAUUUCUAUUAUAAGCUCAAAGAAUACAAAGUAGCCUUUAUUUCUAUCAAAUUCAAUGGUUCUGGCAUUGAUAACGGAAAACAUAAUAACAUUUUUAUUCAUCUAGAAAAUUCGGAUUCCAUCGAAUUUUAAAUAGGAAGAGGAUAAGAAAACAAUGUCAAAAUCAAUUCCAACACUAUAUCAAGGAAAUAAAGCAGAUUUAAAUAUUCAAAAAGCCUGAAAUCAUGGGUAAUUUUUGAUGGAUCCAAAGAUAGAGAUUCAGCAAAUGGCACUUGGGUUUUUUUAUCAACAACAGAUUAAGCAGAAAAGAAACAAGAAUCAGAUUUAAUUGUCUUAAAAAACAAUGCAGAAAUAAAAAUUAGUGAAUUUAUUCUGAAAAUUGAAAUGUUUUAAGGAAAGAAAUAAAGUAAAAUUAAUUAGUAAUUACUAAAUGAACUAAAAGGUGAAUGA